AUGGCUCGUGUGCUCAGAUUUGCUAUAGUUGCGUUGGCGCUAAUUACUGCUGCAGAACUAUGUAAUGGAUCUGAAGAUACGAACACAGCUGAGUCUGCUGACACUGGUGCUACAAAUACCUUCUACCAGCUUUGGUCAAAUAAUACAGCCAUGUGGUAUUAUAAUACAACUGCUAACAUGAGUCCACCAUGCCUCCUGGAAGUGCGCAAUUACAUUAACGAGACCAUGGUCAAUCUCACCGACUUGAUUAGAGACCCUCGCCAUCUAAGGCCAUAUACUGACCCUGAAGUUUGGCAAUUCUCAACCCGUAACUUAAGCCUAAUGUGGAUGACACAUGGCAUGCGCAAUCAAACUGAGGAGCUUCUCUACAGCAAUGAAAAUAAGUCCUGUGGUGUGGUUAAGUAUGAAUACGACAUUUGCUACGAUGUGGUGCAUUACCAUCUGCUGGUGGGAACUGAAGACCCUGACGGCGCUGCAAAAAAUUGUCAACCAAAAUAUGCGAACUAUACACAAUAUUCAAAAAAGGUAUAUCGUAACUGGUGCAAGAAGUACUUCCAAGCAGCUAAUGAUGCGCAAAUGAUUUCUUAA